CGAAAAUAAUAACAAUAAUAAGGAUAACCGAAGAAUCCUAAACUUAUUAUGUUUGAUUGAUUGUUCUCUUAGCCGCCACUGCUAUAUCUAACUCCGAGUUCUGAUCCAAGUUCAUUCAGUCCGCUUCACUCUCUAAGAAGUUGCUUCUCAAGCUUCGGAGCUAUGAGCAAGAAGAAAAACCCUCAUGUUUUUUUUGAUGUUUCAAUUGAUGGGGAUUCUGUGGAAAGAAUUGUUAUCGAGCUUUUUGCUAACGUGGUUCCCAAGACAGCAGAAAAUUUUCGAGCACUCUGCACUGGUGAGAAGGGCAUCGGGAAGUCUACUGAUAAACCCCUUCAUUACAAGGGUUCACAUUUUCAUCGAAUAAUCAAAGGAUUCAUGGCCCAAGGUGGGGAUUUUUCAAAGGGAAAUGGCACUGGUGGAGAAAGUAUUUAUGGAGGAAAGUUUGCAGAUGAGAAUUUUAAGCUGGCACAUGAUGGACCUGGUUUUCUCUCUAUGGCAAAUAGUGGUCCAAACACAAAUGGGUCACAGUUCUUCAUACUGUUCAGGCGGCAGCCUCAUCUUGAUGGGAAACACGUUGUUUUUGGAAUAGUUGUGAAGGGAAUGGAUGUACUUGAGAAAAUUGAGCAGGUGGGAUCCGCUGAUGGGAAACCUUCCGGACCUGUAAAGAUUGUAGAUUGUGGUGAAACUUCUGCAAGUAAAAUUACUGAUGUAGUUGAGAAAGUGAAAGAGAAAAAGAAAAAAUCAGGGAAGGUACCAGCCUCUGAUGAUAGUGCUGAUAAGGGUGGAGGAAAACAAAAGAAGUCAUUGAAGGACAAAAGAAAGAAAAGAAGAAGCAAAAGAUACUCUUCGUCGGAUUCAUAUGGCUCUGACUCUGAAUCCGAGUCCUCUUAUUCAGAUUCUGAAUCAGAUUCAGAUUCAUCAUUAUCUGACUCAAGCUCUAGUGAUGGAAAGCAUAGGAAGAAGAAAUCUGACAGAAAAGAUAAAAUCCAGCGUGGGAGGAAAAGGAAAGUUAGAGAAAAGGAGAGGAAGAGAGGUCGGAAGGACAAACGAUCAAGGCGCAAAUCCAAACGAUCGGAGAGUUCCAGUGGCACAGAUAGUGAAAGUAUCAGUGGCGGAAGUAGCCCUGACAAUCAUAAAAAUGAUCGCCUCUCUUCGGCGAAAAAGGAUAAUAAACCAACCAGGACAAAUGCGGAAGUUCCUCCUGGAGGUAGAGAAACUGAUGUAGAACGCCGUAGGAAUUCUGAGAUGAAGCCUAGUAAGGAGAACUCAUCCCAAGAGGAAGGUGAAUUAUCUCCAAAAGAUGAACUUAUAAAUAAUGGGCAUGAUGUGGAGGCUAAAAUUGGUACUCGACUUUCUGACUCAAAUCAGUCAAGAAGUCCAACUCCUGAAAGAAGGUCAAGAGGGAGCCCUGGGAGAAGUCCUAGCUCAAGUCCUAAAAGAAACCCUCGUGAUAGUCCUGUUAGAAGUUUUGGUAGAGAGAAUAGAGGGUCUUCAAGGAGUCCCAUUCGCAAAGCCCCUGAAUAUAGUGCUCCCAAUCCUGUCCAGGGCUUAACGAGAAGCCCUUCUCCUAAUGGCAAUCCAAAGCGUGUUAGAAAAGGGCGUGGGUUUACUGACCGCUACUCAUAUGCACGCCGCUAUCGUACUCCUUCCCCAGAUCAUUCACCUCGUGGUUACCGUUAUGGAGGACUAAAUUUUCCUAGAAGGAACCAUGAUAGGUAUUCAAGCUACAGACGUUAUCCUGAAAGAUCACCACAGAGGCGUAACCGAAGUCCAAUUAGAGGGGAGAGCCCUCCCAGGCAUCGAGGCCGAAGAAGUCGGAGUAGGAGUGUUUCUCGUAGUCCAGGGCGCAAUCAUAGACGUUACAGGGAUCGAAGCCGUAGUCCUAUCCGUAGUCCUAGUCCUUUAGACAAGCGGCCUCCUGUUAGUGAAAGACUUAAAUCCCGUCUGGGUCCUCGGAUUGAUCAUCAGCGCUCCCCAAUCAAGAGUGGCAGGAGGUCCAGAUCCAGAUCCAGGUCUGGGAGUAAAGGACCCUCUGUUUCCAGAUCUCCAGAUCCCUCACCACCAAGGCGUCGUAGUAGAACACCACCAUCUCCCAGCAAGUCAAGAUCAAGCUCCCCAUCUGGACAUAGGGGGUUGGUUUCUUAUGGAGAUCUCAGUCCAGAUACAAGGUAGUUUGCAAUGGCAUUUUUUGGUCAUGAAGAGAGGCAAUAGUUUUUUCGUUUACGGAUGGAUCGAAUCACCCUUCAUAAAAGGGCUUACUUUUCAGUCAAAUCCAUCUUAACUCAAAUAUUGAAGGGCAAGACGAGAUCCUGUGUUUGGCUCCGAAUAUGUGAUAUGUGAUUGAAAACAGUGGCUGACAAGUGUAUGGAGACAUUAGUAGAAUAUUUAUGGAUAUGUUUGGCUACAAAAACUUGGUUGAAUAUAGUCAAGCUCAAAAUUUCUGAACCA